AUGCGGAAGUUAUCUGUUUUAGGCAAAAUCACACUUAUUUCUGUCAUCUUGCAAGCGAUAAUAAUCACUGUCUUAGAAGCUUUCGUUGUUUAUCUCCAUGUCAAUUUUGUCAAUCAAUUUCAGUUUGAUUCAACUGGUAAUGGAAUAUCUGAAGCUGAUUUAAUUUAUCAUUCAAUAUUUAUUAUUUCACUAUUCUUCCAAAUACUUUUAGUAGUUGAUGCUCUCUGGAAUCGUAAUACUGUCCAAAUAGUAGCCCUUGUAGUAUUCAACCUUCUUUCAUUAGUAUAUGCAGGAAUACAACUUUAUGAACACCAGAUUCUCGAAGAUCAAGGCACUCAGAAUGCAACAUAUGCGCCAACUAAUCCCAUUUUCUCUAAAGAUGAUAGGACCGCUCCCAAAACUUAUUAUGAAGCGAGAAUGAGACCAAUAGAACAUACUAUGAUUGGCUUAAUCUCUGCUUUUUCUAUAUAUUUAGCUGUCAUGUCUUACUUGCUCACCAAAGAAUUUGGUUGGGAAAACUAUAGAACUUAUUCCGCUGAUAUUCGAGUCCGCGACGCAUUUUGGAAUCUUACAAUUUUACAGACUUUGAUUAAAAUGGACGUAUUCUUUAUUGGAUCGUACGCUUUACAACUCAUACCCUCUCAACAACUUGGUUAUUAUUCUUCUAUAGUAGAGAUUGUCCUCGUCUUUUUUUUUGGUACUAUCAUGUUGUUAAUAUCUUGGUUCUCUGUCGCUAUGGAAAUGAAGUAUCUUUUGUUAUCAGCGAUCAAUCUUUAUUCUAUAUCGUUGAUUUACUGGGUUUAUCGAAUUAUAACGAUUGCCCAUCCUUCGGAAGAUAAAUUUGAUCCGUACGAAUUUACUCGACGAUUUUUAAUUUUCUUUUUAGUUAUAACUACCGUUCUUUUAAUAGUUACUAUAUUUUAUUCCAUCAUUUGCGUCCGAAAUAUGAUGCGUGGAUUUUAUGUACUUACUGUAUUUGGACGGUCUGAAAAUGAGUCUGAAAAUGAGCCUGAAGGCAGAAGUCCAUAUUUAAGCGUUGAUAAUUUAGAAUCUUCUUCUAAACGUAUAUCAAAGAGACAAA